CGGGCGCGGGACAGGGAGGCGGCGGGUAAAGCGGAGGCCGGCGGCCCGCGGCCACUCGGAGGCCGAGCGGCGGGCGCGCACCAUGCCCUCCUUCGACGAGGCGCUGCAGCGGGCCGGCGAGUUCGGGCGCUUCCAGCGGCGCGUGUUCCUGCUGCUGUGCCUGACGGGCGUCACCUUCGCCUUCCUCUUCGUGGCCGUGGUCUUCCUGGGCAGCCGGCCCGAGCGCUUCUGGUGCCGCGGGCCGGGCGCGGCCGCGCUGGCCGAGCGCUGCGGCUGGAGCGCCGAGGAGGAGUGGAACCGCACGGCGCCCGAGCGCGCGGGGCCCGGCAGCUGCCAGCGCUUCCUGCUGGAGGCGGCCGAUGCCACCGCCACCGCCACCGCCAAUGCCAACGCCUCCGCCGCCGCGCUCAGCUGCGCCGACCCGCUCGCCGCCUUCCCCAACCGCUCGGCGCCGCUCGUGCCCUGUCGGGGCGGCUGGCGCUACGUCCAGGCCCACUCCACCGUGGUCAGCGAGUUUGACCUGGUGUGUGCCGAUGCUUGGAUGCUGGACCUCACACAAGCCAUCCUGAACCUGGGCUUCCUGGCCGGAGCCUUCACCUUGGGCUACGCAGCGGACAGGUACGGCCGAAUCGUCGUUUACCUGAUAUCCUGUUUCGGUGUUGGCGUCACCGGCGUGGUGGUGGCGUUCGCACCAAACUUCCCUGUGUUUGUGGUCUUCCGCUUCCUACAAGGCGUGUUUGCAAAGGGGACAUGGAUGACCUGCUAUGUGAUCGUGACAGAAAUCGUGGGUUCAAAGCAAAGGAGGAUUGUGGGAAUCGUGAUUCAGAUGUUCUUCACUCUGGGAAUCAUCAUCCUCCCGGGAAUUGCCUACUUCAUCCCCAACUGGCAGGGCAUCCAGCUGGCCAUCACGCUGCCCAACUUCCUCUUCCUCCUCUACUACUGGGCGGUUCCCGAGUCUCCCCGCUGGCUGGUGACUCGGAAGAAAGGAGACGAGGCCCUAAAGAUUCUGCGGAGCAUUGCCAAGUGCAAUGGGAAGUACCUCUCGCCCAGCUUCUCGGAGAUCACUGUCACCGAUGAGGAAGUUAGUAAUCCGUCCUUUUUAGAUCUGGUGAGAACUCCCCAAAUGAGGAAGUGCACCCUUAUUCUUAUGUUUGCUUGGUUCACCAGUGCGUUGGUGUACCAAGGGCUGGUCAUGCGCCUGGGCAUUGUGGGCGGCAACCUGUACAUGAACUUCUUCAUCUCCGGAGUCGUGGAGCUGCCGGCCGCCCUCCUCAUCCUCCUGACCAUCGAGCGUCUCGGACGCCGUCUCCCCUUCGCAGCAAGCAACAUCCUGGCCGGAGUGGCAUGCCUGGUCACGGCGUUCUUACCAGAAGGAACACCCUGGCUGAGGACCACGGUGGCCACGCUGGGGAGACUGGGCAUCACCAUGGCCUUCGAGAUCGUCUACCUGGUCAACUCGGAGCUGUACCCGACGACGCUACGGAACUUCGGGGUGUCGCUCUGCUCCGGGCUGUGCGACUUCGGGGGCAUCGUCGCGCCCUUCCUGCUCUUCCGCCUGGCCGCCCUCUGGCUGGAGCUGCCACUCAUCAUCUUCGGUGUCCUGGCCUCCGUGUGCGGCGGCCUCGUGAUGCUUCUGCCCGAGACCAAGGGCAUCGCCUUGCCGGAGACGGUGGACGACGUCGAGAAGCUGGGCAGCCCGCCCUCCUACAAGUGCGGCAGGAAGCAGAAGGCCCCGGUUCCCGGUGCUCCCCUGUGAGGCGCCUGCCGGGACCACGGAGCGGCGCAGGCCGAGGCUGGUGCGACGAGCCCUGCAGACACCGGUGCCCGUGUCAGCCCGUGUCAGCCCGUGUCAGCCCGUGUCAGCCCGUGUCAGCCCGUUGCGCCGGGCCGCCCAGCUGCUUUUAACUCUUUACAAAGACAUGCGCACGACCCCGAGCAUCGUUCCGUGAUGCUGGAGGAGGUUUGUCCUGAGGCUGGACACGUCUCCGACCCGUGGGUGACAGGGACAAGAAGCCCUGCCAGUGCUCACAGCGGCUCCAUCGGGCACGGGGUGAGCAACCAGGGGCCUGGGGAACGUGGACAGAACUCGGGUCAUCAGGAACCGAGGCUCAGGAACGUGUGUCCUGAGGAUUCCUGGGAGGAUGACGAUCCGGGGAGUCUGCAAUGAAGACACGGGACAUCGGACGGAGCCCGCGCUUUCUCUCCUCGCCUGGAUCUGCGAGCCCCGCUGGGGUUGCUCGGGCCUCGCCCCACAGAUCAGCACGGAUCUGUGAGGCCUGGGGGCCCGGCUAUUUCCUAUGACAUCUGGCUGGUCCUGCGAUGACCCGACACUAGAGCCCUGUGUCCGUUACUGAACAAGACCCGAGGGUUAGGGUGCCCUGGGUCGUAAGGUUGGAACCACAAGGGCUAUUCAUCUUAUAUCUGUGAGUUCAGGUCUGCGGCGGCGCCCACGGUCAGGAGUGAGACACGUGGACAGUUCUCGUUCCGUCUGGACAUGUUGCACUCGUUUUGGGAAGUAGCUCACAUUUUAACGGAAAGGACUGGUCAGUGAUCUACAUGCUCAGAAGAAUUUGCAAGGACGGAUGAGCACGUUAGAGCGACUGACAGGGAUUGGAUCUUUCUCUUUUGUUACCGCGACUUUUCAAACGAGUUGAAUACAAACCUGCCAGCGUUUCCUGACCUGCUUAACAUGCUCAUCUGGUGCGUUUUCCGAGCUAGCGUCUGCCUUUCUGCAGGACUUUUUGACGAGUUCUCUGUGUGGGCAGGCGCGUGGCACCAGAGGGAAGAGAAGACAGCACCUCUGUGCACCGGGCAGAGUGCGGGUGUGUGCGGGUGUGCUGACCGCACCAGAAGCUCCCUGAGCCCGAGAGCCCCUCAGAGCGGCUGGAAUGUCCGUCUCCCGGGACACCAGUGCACUCACCCCUUCGCCUGCCUUCUCGCAUUUCCCUGCUGCGGGGUGCCUGUGGCUCACAGGCACCGGCACUUUUGAAUUGUACUUUGAGUUGAUACUUUGGUUCUGAUAACAAUAAAAUAUUUUAAAUUGUCAAGAAAAAUCAAUG